AAGAAGAAUUCGAUGAAAAAUCCGAAGCGUUUAAAACUAAAUGGGAACGAAUUGAAAGAUCUUCAACCCAGAAUAACCCACCCAGGUUUUGCAAGUAUUUUAGCCGGUACAAAGAGAAGCAAAUCAGAGAAAAAAUGGCAAAAUAUAUCCGUGAUCGUGCAGGAGUUCCGAGAGGUUUUGGUCAGAACCCAGUAGAGUGGUUACAUUACAUGUCAAAGCUUGAAAUCGAUGCUGAGGGAGAUGGCGUUAAACACAGAGAUACUAGUCUUACAGCAGCUAUUUCCAGCCUUAAGAACAGGGUUAUGCGGCUGUAUCAAGAUGCUACGAAAGCUUUAUAUGGGCAAGGGCCAUACAGAUUAGACGAGGAGUACAAGAAAUUUUCUCUUGAUUACGAUAGCUGGAAAGACAUGUCGCUGGAGGAACGAAAGCCAGUGAUGAAACGUUUUCUCACGAGUGUGUGUUGUCCACCUGUUCUUGCUUCCAGGGAUAACCCAGUGACGACAGCCAGCGACGAUGAGACCAAGUCCAUUCAAAAUAAUGAAAGUGCAAGUGGAGUACCAUCAAUUUCAAAGAUUCCAGAAGUUCGCCGUCUUUCUAUCUCAGCGGAUCAAUUUGGUAUUGCAGAAGAAAUACUUCCUAACAGCACGCUGAGAGAUAUGAUCAGGAAUGCGGAAGCUCUAUUGAAUGAGCCAGGUGCAAUUUUGCCAGCUGCGUCUGAGGAUCCUCGAAUGAGAACUGUGAAAAGUAGACUUGGCAAAGUUCCCCUCAUUGUAAAGCCAUCGAAAACCGGAAAUCAGCUUGAGUGUCAGUGUAGCGUUUACACGGCCGUGGGUAUCUGUCAGGACACAAUUGCCGUAGCCGAAGACCUUGAUUGGUUGGAAAAAUAUGCUGAAGUUAUCCGGAAAAAAUUUCUAAGAAAGCAAGGGACUGGUGUUAACCUCACAACGGCAUAUAACGCGCGAAAAACUUUAAAAGAGAAAGGGAUGAAACCAGAUGAAAUUAAAAAAGUUGCAAGAAGAAAGAAGAAGGAAAUGAAAGAAUCGUGGCAACCGUCUACCCCCAGCCGCAGCCAAGGAACCCUAAAGCAUUAA